GUCGCGGCCGUGUGGACUAUUCUCGUCAGCGGGAAGCCCGCCCCGCCGAUGUUGGACACAGGUGCUUUGGAGACCGAUUUUGAUCUAUCGGUCGACGACGUCUUGUCGGCCGGAGCCGAGCCGAAGAAAUCGGAUUUCAUGAAGGACGGGGCCUUGGAUUGGGCUGCGUACAAUAAG